CAAUUAGGAUCAUACAAUACCCACCCGCCCAUCUCAACACAGACAUCACAUCAAUCAUCAGACCACCCAAAAAAUUAAAAAAAAAAAAAAAGAGCGUGCACCUUAUCUCACGCCGAAAUUAGUCAGAAAUCGAGGAAACAACGAAGAACAAUGUCGAUAGCUGCAAUAGCAAGUAAUAGCUUUCUCAGAUUUCGAGUUCACUGCUCUGAUUCUGCGCAAAGGCGUGGUUUUGGUGCCAAAAACGACCCCAAGAAAGUCAGUCGUAGCUCUAGGGAGGACGAAGGUACUGCGUUACAACAGAGGAAAUCCACCGACAAACAAUCUACCCCUUUACCUACUCAGGCACCUGGUAUAAGCUCUCGUUUUGAUGGGAAGUCUAAAUCCAUGGACAUUGAUUUUGAGGAACGCCUUGAAGCAGUUAGAAGGUCAGCACUUGAACAGAAAAAGGCAGAUGAAAUUAAAGAAUUUGGACCAAUUGAAUAUGAUGCGCCGGUUGAAUCUGAGAAGAAGACAAUUGGACUUGGCACUAAGAUUGGAGUAGGAGUAGCUGUUCUCGUCUUUGGUCUGGUUUUUGCACUUGGAGACUUUCUUCCAUCUGGAAGUGAUGGUCCCCCUGAUGAUGCUACAGUAAUUGAUAAAAAGUUAUCUAAAGAAGAGAAAGCUACUCUUCAGAAUCGUUUAAAACAAUAUGAGGCAACACUUGGUGUCUCCCCUGAAGAUCCUUCCGCACUUGAAGGAGCUGCUGUUACCUCGGCAGAAUUGGGAGAGUAUGCUCGGGCUUCCUCUCUGCUUCAGGAUUUGGCAAAGGAGAAACCCACUGACCCUGAUGUUUUUCGUUUGCUUGGGGAAGUUAAAUAUGAACUCAAAGAUUAUGAGGGGAGUGCUGAUGCGUACAGGAGUUCUGCAAUGGUCUCUAAAAAUGUCAAUUUUGAAGUUCUACGUGGUCUUACCAAUGCAUUGCUUGCUGCUAAGAAACCAGAUGAGGCUGUUCAGAUCCUUCUGGCUUCUCGUGAACGCCUGAAUUCUGAAAAAUCAAGUGGCAUGGCAACUAAAUCAGAGGUGGACCCUAUCCAAGUUGACUUGCUUCUUGGAAAAGCCUAUUCAGAUUGGGGGCAUGUGAGUGAUGCUGUAUCUGUUUAUGAUCAGCUCAUCUCCAGUCAACCUAAUGACUUUCGAGGUUACCUGGCAAAGGGAAUUAUAUUGAAAGAGAAUGGCAAUGUUGGGGAUGCUGAAAGGAUGUUUAUACAAGCUAGGUUUUUUGCACCAGAGAAGGCCAAGGCACUUGUUGAUCGUUAUGCUAGAAAAUGAACUUCAUUGGCUAUCUAAAAGCAUCACCUUGAGUUCUUAAAGGAUACGCAACAUUUUGUUCAGCAGAUCAUUAAUGAGGGGAAAUUACUUGUAUUUAUAUAUGUGUUUUUAAUUUUAUAAUUUGAUAAGACAUUACUUGACUCUACAUUAGAUGAAAUUGCAAGAGUAAAUGCUAAAGUCACUGUCUAACAUUAUAUGUAAUAAAGAAUAAGAAAAAAAAUAAUAAAUAUUUUUUAAUUUAAUAUGA